AUGGCAGGGAAUAAAAAGAAAUUUGCAAAGAGAGGACACACAGUACUCGCCGAAAAUAUUGGAACUUUCCUAGAAGAUACUCGUUUUUCUGACGUUUUAUUAAAAGCGGGUGAUCAGACAUUUCAGGCCCACAAAGCAAUUCUGGCGAGCCGUUCCAAAGUGUUUGACGGCAUGUUCCAGAGUGGUAUGAAAGAAAGUCAGGAAAAUGUGGUGGAAAUUGCGGAAAUGAGUCCAGCUAUCGUCAAGCAAAUGUUGCAAUACAUCUAUUCUGGAUCAGUAGAAGAACUGUCGAUGGAUACAGCAAUAGAUCUUUACAUAGGUGCAGAUAGAUAUGAUUUGCAAGAGUUAAAAGAGUGGUGCAGAGAAUUUAUUCUCAAGCACAUUUCAUCUGAUAAGGUGUGCAAAGUGGCAGUGAUAGCAGACCUACACUCUGAUGAAGAACUUACCAUGGCUUCAAAGCGUGUUUUCAAAGAGAACUUAAAAGUAAUAUUGUCGUCUGAGGCAUGGAGAGAGUUCGGAAAAAAGAAUCACACGUUGCAGACUAAUUUGCUUGAAAGCGCUUUAUCAGGUGAUUCUUAA